UAGUUCUUAUUAUGCGUUGUUAACAAUGGAACCAAUCAUCCUGCUCGUGCUUUGUCUGGGGGUCGUUAUAGCUGCUCUAGCACUUCUAUCACUUCGCAGUAGAACCGCUAAGCAACAAGCCCCUAUCACCAGCAUAGACAGCGCGGUCGACCGGCGGCCGUCCCAGGUUGAUGAACCCGGCAAGCCCGCCGUGCGCAUACUCUAUGGCACGCAGACGGGCACAGCCGAGCGCUUCUCCAAGCAGCUCGGAAACGAGUUACGUAGUCGCUAUGGCGACGGCACGACGAUCGACGUUCGCGACGUGGAGAACUACAAAGCAGAGGAGCGUCUGGCCAGCGAGAAACUUGUCGUCUUAUGCAUGGCUACGUAUGGCGAUGGCGAACCAACCGAUAACGCAGCGAUCUUCUAUACGUGGCUUCUGAAGGAGGCCGAGGCUGUCGAGGGCGGCGAGAAGGAGCCUUACCUGCAGGGCGUAUCUUUCGCCGUCUUCGGUCUGGGCAACAAGCAGUAUGAACACUUUAACGCUGUGGGUAAGAAGGUCUUCAAGUCCAUGAAGACCCUGGGGGCGACCCCGGUUGUUCGGCGCGGAGAUGGCGACGACGAUGGAGUCAUCGACGAUGACUUCGAGAAGUGGUGUGCUGAGCUGGUGGAGGCCCUUGAUAACUCGGACCUGGUCGGCAAGCGCACCGACCAGAACGGUGCGGCCGCGUUGCCGGUUAGCGUGGCCUCCUACGAGGUGGAGGUCCUGCGUGGUGCGGAGGAGGUGUCUCCGUUCCCCAGCGGCACAGGCAAGGACGUGCACAGCCCCUUCUGGGCGAAGAUCACCACCGUCCGUGAGCUGCACACCAGCCAGUCCGACCGCAGCUGCGUGCAUGUGGAGAUUGAUGUGGCCGGCUCGGACAUCACGUACGAGGCGGGCGACCACGUGGCGCUGUACGCGCAGAACGGCGAGGCGGUUGUGAAGCAGGUGGCUGACCUGCUGGGCUUCGACCUGGAUGCCGUCAUCAGGCUGUCGCUGCCCAAGGAAGGCAGCACCGGCGCUGGCAACCUGCCGCCGCCGCUCCCAGGCCCCAUCAGCGUUCGUACAGCGUUGUCGUUCUUUGCGGACGUGCUGUCCAGCCCCCAUCGUGACGCCCUGCUGGCGCUGUCCACCUUUGCCGCCGACCGUGAGGAGGCCGCUCGACUGGCGCUGCUGGGCUCUUCGCAGGGCAAGCAGGAGUACACUGACUUUAUCGGCAAGUCGCGCCGCAGCCUGCUGGAAGUGCUACAGGCGUUCCCGUCUGCCAAGCCCAGCAUCGGCGCCUUCUUUGGCGGCAUCGCUCCCCGCUUGCAGCCGCGCUUCUACUCGAUCUCGUCCUCGCCUAAGCAGCACCCCUCCACCAUCCAUGUCACCUGCUCGGUGGUGCGCGAUGUGAUGCCCACGGGCCGUGUGCACGAGGGCAUCUGCUCCACAUGGCUGCAGCGGCACGGCAACGGUGCGGCGGUGCCUGUGUUUGUGCGCCGCUCCCAAUUCAAGCUGCCCAAGUCGCCGUCCACGCCCAUCAUCAUGGUGGGCCCCGGCACUGGCCUUGCGCCCUUCCGGGGCUUCCUGCAGGAGCGGGCAGCGUUGGCAGCUUCGGGCGCGGAGCUUGGGCCGGCGCACCUGUUCUUUGGCUGCCGCUCUCGCCACCACGACUACAUCUACCAGCAGGAGCUGGAGUCCUUUGCCGCCUCGGGGGUGCUGUCCAACCUGCACAUCGCCUUCUCGCGUGACCAGGCUGUAAAGGACUACGUGCAGCACCACGUAGAGAAGCAGGCUGCGACGCUGUGGCCGCUGGUGUCUGACGGCGCGCACCUCUACGUGUGCGGUGACGCCAAGCACAUGGCCAAGGACGUGCACAAGGCGUUUCUUGCGAUGGUGCAGGCAUGCAAGGGCUGCACCGGCACUCAGGCGGAGGCGGUCAUUAAGGAGCUCACGGACGCAGGCCGCUACCAGCGUGACGUGUGGUAGUGGAUUCGUGAAGUAGGUUGG